UUUUUGAUACCGUUUAUAGAAUAACGGUAUCGGUAGUAAGGUAAAGUCACCCAAUGCGCUAGUUCCGUUCAGGGCCCGCGGUAAUAUUUUAAUAUGACGUUCUAUUUAGUGCGUAAGGGUCGAUGAACGAUUUUUAUCACCAAAAUGAAGAACAACAAACAUUUCCUGUGCUGUAAAUUAAUGUUUUAUCGUAACCUAGGUAUUAAAUAAAAAGCUUAAAAAAUCUUUUCGCGGCGUGAGUGUGUUUGUUUUUGGUGUUUCGGUGUAAACGAUGGCUAACUCUCCGACGAGUAUAGAGACGCAAAUAGACAGUUUUCUGGAGCAGUUUAAGAGGAGUGCGUCGAAGGCUAUGGAGGAACGGAUGGAGUGGCCUGAGGGGCCUGCCCCGGCCGUGGUGAAGUCGCGGAGCAGCUGCUUCGCCCUGGACUCUGCCGUUGAGGCCGAGUGCGAUGGCUGCGGCAGCGACGGCGGCGAUGAGGGCCGCAGCGUGGGCGAGCUGCUGCUGCCGCAGUUCGCGCUGGCCACCGGAGGCCUGGCCAAGGACCACAGACCGCUCAUCACCUUCCCAGACAACAACAACUUCCAUCUCAUCACGGCGGCCGAGUACAGGAGGCUGUUACUUUAUCUCACUUCUGUGCCCUCAUUAUUAGAAGCGGACAUGGGCUUCCACAUCAUUAUAGACAGGCGGAAAGACAGAUGGAACUCCGUCAAAACAGCCUUGUUAAGAAUUUCUGAGUUCUUCCCCGGCAUCAUCCACGUGGUCUACGUGCUCAGGCCGGCCAGCUUCCUGCAGAAAGCUCUAUCGGAAGUCAGCAGCAAGCUGUUCAAGGAGGAGUUCCGGUUCCGGGUGCUGGUGUGCUCGGGGGUCGAGGAGCUGUACGAGCACUUCGACCGCACGCAGCUCACCCCCGACCUGGGGGGGGAACUGCAGUACUCGCAUGCCGAGUGGAUACAGCAGCGGAUAGCCUUAGAGAAGUUUUCCACGCUAAUGAAGGAAAUUUCAAGCAAACUAGACGACUUCAUGCACGAAAUCGUCGACUGCGAUAUGGGGAACGACCCCACACAAACCAAAGAUUUAUUAGAUUCUCAAGAAGAUAGGUAUAAAGCUUUAAAAAGUGACUUAGUCAGAGCGACCGAAGAAGGUGAAGAAUUAUUGUCUCAAAUGCGGAAACCAAAUCUUACUUAUAAUAUUAUAAGCCAUGUUGCAGCUGUUGAAAGGCUACUAGUGCAACUUGAUGAAACGGAAAAGCAAUUCGACAAUUUCUGGAAGAAACAUUCUACGAAAUUAAAACACUGGCUAAAAUUUAGAACGUUUUUAUUGAAUUUUAAACAGAUGCAGGCUACUUUAGAUUCGCAUCUAAAGACGGCGUGUGAUAUGACGGAAGUAGGUGAAACAGCCGGAAGAGUCGAGAAUCUCAUUAAAGAAGCUAACGAUUUCGAAAAACUGUGUGAAUGCGAUCUUGGUACGGCGUCAGGAGUCAUCGAAGAUGGUGAGAAAUUAAUGGAAGAUCCGCUUAGUUCCCUGGAUCAUAUUGAAUCAAAAUGUGAAGAGUUGAGGAGGACGAGUGCCCUACUUAUGGAUAAAAUACAGAAGCGAAAUUUGCUUCUUACCAAAGCCCGGGAACUUAUGGAUAGAAUAGACAAAGCAAAUGAAUGGUGUGCCACAGGAGUGGAACUUUUAGCUGGAGAGGGGGGCCUAAUAGCUGUGGAGAAGCUUUUAGAAGAUGCAAAGUCCUUCGGCCUGACCGCACCAGACCAGUUCAGGGAAAUGCUCAUGCAGUCAGCAACUCAAGAAACCAGAGCUUUAGUUACUCAGGUGGCCCAACGUGUGGAGGACGUGUGGCUGAUGGUGUCGGUGAAGCGGGCGUCGCUGCAGCGCGCGCUGUCGCGGCCCGCGCGCCCCGUGCAGCCCGUGCCGCCGCAGGCCGCCGCGCCGCCCGCCGCGCCGCCCGUGCACCACAUGGAGACGUCGGCGGGCUCGGAGAGCUCGGGCGGCGAGGACGCGGACGCGCGGCGCUCCCGGCGCGGCCACGUGCUGGCGGAGCUCAUGCAGACCGAGCGCGCCUACGUGCAGGAACUGCGCUCCAUCAUCACCGGCUACAAAGAGGAAAUCGACAAGGCGGAGAACCAGCACCUACUGCCGGCGGCGCUGGUCGGGCAGUCGGACGUGCUGUUCGGCAACCUGCACGAGCUCUUCACCUUCCACCAGGACGUCUUCCUCAAGGACCUGGAGAAGAGCAUCUCGGCCACGGAGCUCGUCGCGCUGUGCUUUGUCGAGAAACGAGAAACCUUCUUCCGCCUCUACAGCUACUACUGCCAGAACAUUCCUCGCUCGGAGCGGCUGCGCGAGACUCUCGUGGACACGCACCUGUUCCUGCAGGCGUGCCAGCAGCGCCUGGGCCACAAGCUGCCGCUCGCCGCCUACCUGCUCAAGCCCGUGCAGCGCAUCACCAAGUACCAGCUGCUCUUGAAGGACCUGCUCCGGUACGGCGAGUGCGGGUCGAUGAGCUCGGGGUUGCAGCAGGCGCUGGACUGCAUGCUCGUCGUGCUCAAGUGCGUCAACGACUCCAUGCACCAGAUCGCCAUCACCGGUGUGCCUGUGGACCUAAACCAGCAAGGCGAGCUGCUCAUGCAGGGCUCAUUCCUCGUGACUUCAGAAAACAAGCGAGACUUGCGCCUGCGCAUCCGCCCGCGCCGCCGACAUAUCUUCCUCUAUGAAAAGGCGAUGCUGUUCUGUAAACCUGCCGCGAAAAAUAGCCAUAAUAAGGCCACUUACCACUUUAAGCAUGAUUUACAGAUGUCACUCAUCGGCCUCACAGAGUCCGUCAAAGGCGACGCGCGCAAGUUCGAAGUGUGGCGGCAGGGCCGGGCCGAGGUGCACACGAUCACGGCGCCCACCAUCGACGUGAAGCGGCUGUGGGUCGACCGCAUAAAACGGGUGCUACUGGAUCAGUUGAAGGAGUUGAAGGGGGAGAGGGUGAGGCAGUAUUCUGCGCAGCACAGGACACUAGUCCAAACGGGUUCAUGCGACAUCCUGCCCAACGGCGCGCCGGUGUCGCGCGUGCUGCCCGCGCCCGCCGCCGCCACGCACCCGGCGCGGACGGCCUCGUGCGACGCCCACGACGAGCCCUGCUGGUCCACCGACCCCUCCGAGGACGAGGAAGAAGAGCCUGAACACGCCCCGGCGGUGGGGUGCGCACUGAUAGCGCUGUCGGACUACACGGCGGUGGGCGCCAGCGAGGUGUCGCUGCGGGAGGGGCAGCACGCCGAGCUGCUGAAGGUGGGCUGCGCCGGCUGGUGGUACGUGCGGCUUGCAGGAGGUCAAGGCGAAGGUUGGGCGCCGGCGGCGUACCUCGACCAACGCAAGACAUCCCGCUCCUCUAGCCGGUCGCACGACCGCCUGCACGACCACUAGCCUACCUGGCCUGCCCAGUAGUAGCGCCUGCCUACUGUCGAUCAGUCAACCCAACCAGACCACUAUGAUCAACCACGGCUGAUCAGUGUGGUCUGUGUAUUAGCUUAAACUGGCGAUAAGUGACUGGUGACUGAGGUCAUCUGUCCAAUGUAAAUCUGGCGUUUUAAAAAGCCACAUGUGAUGAUGAAAACAAAGAUUAUCCACCAAUCUAGUUGGUUAACUUGUUAGUAAAAUUAACGGUGUUUCAAUAGUUGAUCAACUUUGCAGAUUUUUAUCAUGUUUUGAAGGAAUACAGACAGGAAAGAAGGUCAACAGAAUAUAGUACUUGUCCAUUCGACUCGAUCUAUAGAUGGUUAAUUAUAUCGAUUGUUAUUAAUCAUUAGUUAAGGGAUCUUCCCCCAAAUAACUUCCCUUAAGACACCCGGCAUCCCCACUUGUUAUUGUUAAUAAAUCAUCAGUUAAGUUAAUAACUGUGAAUGUUGUUCUAAAGAAAGCUUUAUUCGUAACUAAAUUAGUGGUAUUCGUAGAUGCGUGUUGUCGAGUUGUUGUUGCGAGCGGUAGGAGUGGUGUAUAGCGUUGUAGCGAGCCAAGUGAUUCGUGUUUUUGUAAUAUUAUUUUCUGUAAAUAUUUAAUGUAGUUAUUUAUUCUUUAUCUGAGCCCUGUGUUGCGUUACGAAAUCCAUACACAUACAACUCCAUGACAGAUAGUAAAAUAGUGUAUUUUGAACCUACCUACAGUGUACAUCUCAGUUUAUGGUCAGUAUGUAAUCCCAAUAUUAAAUCAUAUCAUAAAUACUUAUCGUAUCGUUACUGUGAAUUAAAUCAAAGAUUGAAUGAAUUUAUUUACGUAAAAUAUCAAAUCGAAAUGAUGUUCAAAGAAAAUUAGAUCGCUAAUAAAUGUAUAUUUGGCAUAGCUGCGUUAAAAUGGACUAUUUGUAAUUUAUAGUUUUAAGUUGUAUUCAAACUAGAUAUUCUAGGUUGUAUGUUGUUGCUAGUCGGCAUAUUUUAUAUGAUCUUGGACGUAAGUAUAUUAUUAUGAAUGAAAUUAUUAAACAAAAUUCAUUUCAUCUCAUUUUCAUAAUUUCAUCAAUCAUAUCUUCAUGUCACAGUACCUGCUUAUCAGCCUUUUGUAAAAUGAUCUAUGUAUGUACCUAUUGUAAAAGAACAAUCAUUUUGUUCACACAAAUACAGAGUUUGACCAUUUCA